AUGGCCGAUACUCCCUCCAACGUCCCCGAGGUCGCUGCGCCCGUCGCCACCGAGCAAACGGCUACCACCGAGCCAAUCGCCGCGCCAUCUGGUGGCGAGGCCGCAGACGAGGCCAAGACUGCCGUGAUCGUACCCAAAGAGGAAACAGAGAAAACAGAGGAUGCGAUCAACACAGAGGAUGGAGCCGCCACCGAGGGUGACGUCGACAUGAAGGAGGCUGCUGAGGCCGUGCCCGCCGCCGUUGCGACCGAGACACCCAAUUCGAAGAAGAACAAUCGCCGCAAGUCUGUUGGCGGAGGACUGAGCCGAAAGGGUUCCAAGGCCCGCCUUAGCACGCACACUGACGCCAAGCCCGGUGACCACUUUCUGAUGAAGCUCAAGGGUUUUCCCCCAUGGCCUGUUAUUAUCUGCGACGAGAGUAUGCUGCCUCCGGCUCUUACCAGCUCACGCCCCGUUUCCGCAGCCAAACCCGACGGCACCUAUGCUGAGGCAUAUGCGGACGGUGGCAAACGAGUUCAUCACAGAACGUUCCCUGUCAUGUAUCUUUAUACCAAUGAAUUCGGCUGGGCUGCCAACACAACCUUGACCGAGCUCACGGCGGAAAAGGCCAGAAACUCUAUCAACGACAAGAUGCGCCAAGUACUGCGCUCUGCCUUUGAGCUGGCUGAGCAGCAGCACCCGGUCGAUUACUACAAGGAGGAGCUCCAAGCAUUCGAGGAUAAACGUCACCUCGAACAAAAGCACCAGGAAGAGUACGAGGCCAAACAGGAAGCUCUCAGAAAGGAAGCUGCCGCGACGCCAAAGAAGAGCAAGAAGAGCAAGAAGGCUGAAGAAGAUGAUUUCGACAUGGACGAUGUUGACUCCGCCAAGCCCAAGUCUAAGAAACGCAAGGCCAACGAGACCAGCACCCCCCAGCGCUCCGAUUCUGUCAAAAAGCCCAAGAUUAAGCUUAACACGUCUUCAACACCCAAGGCUAACGGAACCCCGAGCAAGAAGGCCGAGUCUGCCACCAAGCCGAAGUCUGACAAGAAGGCCAAGGACCUUAAGAAGGCCAAUGAGCCCAAGAUGACUCCGCAAGAGAAGCGCGAGCGCAAGCAGAAGGAAGUUUUCUUUCUCCGCCACAAGCUCCAGAAGGGCCUCUUGUCCAAGGAUACACCGCCUGUCGAGACGGAGAUGAAGGGCAUGUCGGAGUACCUGACCGCUCUGGAGACAUUCACGGAUCUCGAGGCUUCAAUCAUUCGUGAGACCAAGAUCAACAAGGUCCUCAAGGCCAUACUGAAAAUGGAGAGCAUCCCUCGCGAAGAGGAGUUUAGCUUCAAGAGGAGGUCGCAGGGCCUGUUGGACAAGUGGAACAAGCUUCUCGCCAGUGCUGCUGCUGCAGCUCCUGCCGGAAACACUAAUGGUGCCAACGGUUCUGAUGAGAAAAAGGGCACGAAUGGCGCCAAUGAGGGCGCCACGGAGGCCAAGUCGUUGUCGGAAAAGGCCGUCGAUGUGAAGGAGCAGACGGAGCCUUCUGAGCCUGUCAAGGCCGAUGAAAAGACCCCCGAGGCAGUCGCAGCUGCCGAGUAA